AUGUCACCGGGUCGACUCCUGAAGUCUCCAAGGAUACCCCAGAACCAACUACCAGCGGCACCACAAAUGCCAAAAAGUCGACUCCCUCGGGAUCGCCAUUCGUCGUAUCAACUCCUGCCAACGAGGCACCAGUUCUCGUCCAUCCCUGAGCCGACAGAACCGCCUGCAGAUUGUCAAGAGAUCUUGGAUGCUGGUCAGAGCACUAGCGGUGUGUAUACAAUCCUUCACGGAGACCAGGAUAUGCAGGAUAUGCAGGUCUACUGCCGCAUGGAGUCAGGGAAAGGAUACAUAGUGUUUCAGAGACGCCUGGACGGCUCGGUGAGCUUCAACCGAACCUGGCAGGAGUACGCCGAGGGAUUCGGGGAUCUGACCGGAGAGUUUUGGCUGGGCAACCAGAAGCUGCGUAGUCUGACUGGUAACGGGGAGUGGGAGCUGGUCAUCACUCUGAGGGCGUUCGAUGGGGAGGAAGCCCGUGUUCGUUAUGAGAAAUUCGGAUUACAUUGGUACAUUUACUGGCUUAUCGUCAGUGGCUUCACUAAUGAGGCUGGAGAUGCAGGUACAUAA